AUUACAUCCCUGGGAAACAAUAGCUAGAAAAAAUGGAUAAGUUCAUCACAGAUACAAAGGACAAGUUUCAAGAUCUAUUCGAAUACCUUGUUUCAUGUGGAAAAUCUUCUAAAGAUCCGCAAGGACCAAUAGAUAUAACAAAUGUACCAGGAAGGGUAGUAGUACUUGGACCACCACCAGGAAAUUUACAAGGACAAGGGAUGGUAUUUGAAGAUCAUGAACAAGAAAAAGGACAAGGACAAGGGCUUGAAAAUGAAAGUAAACCAGAAGAAGGGAUCCAUGAUACAAUAGCACAAAUGUCAACGCCUCCAGGCAAACGAGCGCCACCUCGUCCUAAGACUGGUUAACUUAUAAUACAAAUCUUGGGAAUUAUAAAGAUUGAUCAUUUCAAGAAACUUAUGUUUGCAUAAUAAAUUAAUAAUGGCAUGGUUGUUGACUUCGAAUUUUUACCCUUCUUAUUAGGGUAGUAUGACUAUUAGUACUAUUAUUAUUUUGGUAUUAUUGAUAUUUGUUACUCCGUACUAGUGUUAUCAGAUAAUGUGCAAAACACACUUGGGCUAUAUUUGUGAGUUUCACA